CAGGUAAUGACAGCCGAUCCUCUUCUCCAGCUGCUGACAGAUUUGGUUGUGCAACAGCCUCACUUUUUUGACCCUCUCCGCCUCAGCAUUCAUAUGGGAUAUUCAGUUUUUGGCUCGAGUCGUCUUUUCUAUCCAUAUUGCAAGCAUCCUUACAGCUGCGCAACCUCAUAGCACCGAUGUGCCGCCGCCUCUUCCUCUUCGUGCUCGCCCUAACCUUUGUGUCCAGCAGCUAUGCCGGGGUCAACGACACCCAGAGCAACGGCACCAAGCCAGGCCCAACGCAGAAGCCUAACUUUGUCUUCAUCAUGACCGACGACCAAGAUCUUCAGCUCAAUUCCAUGCAAUACAUGCCAAAUGUUCUGGAUCUGAUUGCAAAAGAGGGGACUACCUACCAAAACCACUUCUGCACGGUCUCCCAAUGCUGCCCUUCGAGAGUCUCAUUGUUGACUGGCAAGCUUGCUCACAAUACCAAUGUCACGGAUAUUGUCCCUCCAUACGGCGGCUAUCCCAAGUUCGUUCAACAAGGCCUCAACAACAACUACCUGCCGGUAUGGCUGCAGCAGGCAGGAUACAACACUUACUAUACGGGCAAACUCAUGAAUGCCCACUCCACCGCCAACUGGAAUAACCCGUUCCCUGCAGGUUGGAACGGCACUGCUUUCUUGAUCGACCCAGGAACUUACAACUACUACAACGCCACAUUCCAGAGCAACAGAGACCCUCCUGUGAGCACUCCCGAUCAAUAUAACACAGACCAAGUCGCGCAGAAUGCUCUGAAUAUGCUUGACCAAGCUCACGCUGCCGGAGUGCCUUUCUUCCUCGGUGUCGCCCCAAUUGCACCGCAUUGCCAGACCAUCUUCAAUCCGACCACACCCAUCCCGGGCUUUCUUCCACCUAUCCCAGCAACUCGCCAUCAGAACUUAUUCCCCGGUGCCAAGAUCCCCCGAAGUCCCAACUUCAACCCCAAUGUACCCAGCGGAGCAAGCUGGAUCACGCACUUGCCCCAACUCAACACCACAGAGAUUGACUAUUUUGACAACUUCUAUCGCUUGCGCUUGCAGGCGUUGCAAGCUGUCGAUGAGAUGAUACCGACCAUCAUCAACCGCCUGAGACAGUACGGUCUCCUCGAUAAUACCUACAUUAUCUACACCACUGACAAUGGCUAUCACAUGGGCAAUCACCGCAUGCAGCCAGGGAAGUAUUGCGCAUACGAGGAGGAUGUCAAUAUUCCUUUUUACAUCCGUGGACCAGGUGUGCCGAGAGGGAAGACUGUUGAUUUUGUGACAACUCAUACGGAUAUUGCUCCCACUUUGUUUCAGUUGGCCGGGAUUCCGCUCCGGAGUGAUUUCGACGGGUCUCCCAUGCCUGUCACUGACAAUGCGCAGCAGCAGCGUCGUGAUGCUCCAACCCAUGAUCAUACCAUGGUUGAGUAUUGGGGAACAGGUGGGUUUGAGGGAGCCUUCGGAUUGCAGGGUGUGAAUGGAAGUUUCACUCAAUUUCUCAAUAACACCUACAAAUCCAUGCGCAUUGUCACCGACAAGUACAACCUGCAAUACACAGUCUGGUGCACAAAUGAACACGAGUUGUACGACAUGACGCGCGAUCCGUCGCAAAUGAAUAACCUGCUGGGCCCAACUGCUUCAGUCAACGCUACUCCUCUGGCGUGGCCCUUAAAUCGACCCCUUAUUCAAGUCCAACCUCGUCUCGAUGCUAUGCUCAUGGUCCUAAAAUCCUGCAAGGCCGACCAAUGUACACAGCCAUGGAAGGUUCUUCAUCCUGACGGCAACGUCAAUAACCUUGUUGAUGCGUUGGAUGCCGAUUAUGAUGCAUUCUAUGCGGGUCAACCAAAAGUGGGGUUUGAAAAGUGCGCCUUGGGAUAUCUGAUCGGAAGUGAAGGGCCACAGACACCCAAUUACUAUGGGACCAAUAUGGCGGCAUGGACUUGAGGUAACGGGUAAUGUCAAGGACGGGAUAUUGCACAGACCGAUGAAAGGACGGCGCAUUUCAGGAUAUGUAGACUGGAUACGCCAGGUCUCUGUCAUUAAAGCAACCACACCGAUCUUGGAAAAGAGACUUUGAUCCUACCGAAGCGGCAUGAUCAUACCUGCUGGAGCUGACC